GGCAAUGUUGUCACUCAUCUGCUAUGCUUGCUGUAUGGUGUCACGUCGCUUAACUGUGCAAUUUCCGAUCAAGUUACUCUGAGUCUCUGACAUGCACACAGAGAGUGCACAUUAAGUUGCAAAACAACGUCAAUCUUUGGAAAGAGAAAAGUAAGCGUGCGACCUUUAUCAGUUGGGAAGCACUGUUUCUUCAAUACAUGGACGAUCCCAAUUCAACGCGUUUGCUUGUUAUUGAUUCGUUCAUGAAGAUGGAGAAAGAAACACUUGAAUAUCUCUUUCGCUCGCUCUGGACAACUGAGAAAUUUAUCUAAAAUUGGUUUUCCUGCUUUCUGUGCGUCUGCCGCUUUACAUUGCUUCCUCUAAUUACGUCGCUUAUGUUGUAAUAUCUUUCACAACAUUGGGUUCCAGCUUCAUCGCAUCAUCUAGUGGUAACUAUGACAUAGACGGUGAAAGGUUGAUUCUUGAAAGACGUGGCUGUCGCGUCCUGUCUCGUAUUGCUUCAUCAACUUCUUCAUCAUUUCAGUACGGAAGCAAACUGCAAUAAUGGAGGCGAUCUCUCUCUCUCUCUCUCUCGCUUCCUCUUUUCCGUGGGGAUCACUUUCUCUUGCUUGUUUUGCACGUUUGGUGCCUACCAAGUUGCCGUUUCCGCUGUUAUGUCAAUCACCAUCGUAAAUUCGAGCUCUUUGCAUCAUCACUGGACGAUUCCAUUUUAAUCGUUAAAUCUUUGUGUGGUGUCCUCAAUCAAGGUACUGGAAGAUGGAAGUAAAAGUUGCCAAACUGUGUUCGUUGAGAUUUUUCAUUAUCAUUCCGCUCCCUUGUCAUUUCGAACCUUCAAUACUGGGCGGAGAUCAUGAUUACCAAUUUCGUGUGUCUUGUUCUUCUGUAUUUUGUAUUUAUUUGUAAAGAACAAUUCUCAGUGGGAGAGCUGAACGGUGCACCUGAAGUAAGAGGUGUAAAUUUGGGCGGAUGGUUGUUGGUGGAGGGAUGGAUAAAACCUUCACUGUUUGAUGGGAUCCCAAAUGGCGAUAUGCUUGAUGGAACCAAAGUGCAGUUCAAAUCUGUAAUGCUACAGAAGUAUAUGAGUAUCGAGAAUGGUGGUGUCUCCAAUAUCACGGUUGGCAGAGACAAUGCAUCUUCAUGGGAAACGUUUAAGUUGUGGAGGAUAUCUGAAGAGAUCUUUCAAUUCCAAACACUUCGAGGGAAAUUCCUGACAUUUGAUAAUGAAGCACUGAUUAUUUCAGCAACAGCUGAAUCAUCAACAAUGGCGGAAAACUUUCUGAUUGAAAGAUACCAGAACAAGGUCCACAUUAAGCUGCUCACAAUGCAGAUUUAUUUGCAGACUAGGUCAGUGUAUCAGCUGACAGCAUAUUAUCAGGGUGUACCAGAUUGGGGUGAUAAUGCUGCACCAUUUGAUAUGAUAAUCUUUGCAAAUGAUUUGCAUGGAGAUUACCAACUUGCUAAUGGCUAUGAGCCUGUUAAAGCUAAAUCAGUUAUAAAGCAACACCGAGAUAGCUUUGUCACACCAGAGGAUUUUAGAUUCCUAUCUCUACAUGGCAUUAAUGCUGUCAGAAUUCCUGUUGGAUGGUGGAUUGCACAAGACCCUAACCCUCCAGCUCCUUUUGUAGGUGGGACAUUGGCAGCUUUGGAUAAUGCCUUCUUAUGGGCACAGGCGUUUGGCCUAAAGUGCAUAAUUGACCUUCACGCAGCACCUGCAUCUCAAAAUGAGAUGGAACACAGUGCUAGCAGAGACGAUUCUUCAGAUUGGGCUAGUAACCCCUCGUAUAUCUCACGGAGUCUGGUAGUUAUUGAUUUUUUAUCUUCCAGGUGCUGUGUGAACAGUGUCACAUGUCCUUGAUCGGGUGGAGUAUGCUGAUUUUGGUCUAUAGAAGCAGCAACUGCUAACCAAAAGCCAAUCUUAAUCCCACUGAUUGGAUAUCUCCUGCUUGGCCCACUUGUGAGCAUCCCAAUAUUUAAAGCUCAUUUUGUUGCCUUCAUUUAUGAUUUGUAGUUGCCUGCUAAACCAUUCUGUAUGUUGACAGUUUUUGUAUGAUUUCCUGUUUGAAGACUUAUUGCUAGGUGCCACUGAUAUAGCUUUGAGGCAGAAUUAGAUGUACCAUUAUCCUUCCUUGUAAGCUGUGUAGUACUCAACUUCCAUUUCAUCCAUGAAAAAGUGCCCGCUUGUUAUGAAGCCUCGGUAAAAUCUUAAAAAUUGUAAGUUCAUGCUGAAUGUUAUCAACACACAUGCAUAAAGCUCUUUUACGGUAAUGAGGGAAGCUUGCUUGUACAUACAGAAGUAGUUUGCAGUGUUUGGGGUUUUAUUUAUGGUGAUAAUAUGCACUACCUGAUUACAUUGUCAAAUCUAGUUAUAUUAUCAAGGAUUGGAUGUGUUCAGCGAACUUAUGUAUUUACAUGUUCCAGGUAUGCCGCCCAUCCUGCUAUGUUGGGCAUUGAGCUUCUCAACGAACCUUCUGCAUCUUGAGUACCACUUGAAGUCCUGGUUUCAUAUUACUCAAAAGGCUAUCAAAUGGGGAAUGGGUGAAUGAAUGGAAUGUAACAAACAGUUCCAAGGAGCAAUACCAACCUUAUGGAAAAGCGCAAUUGCAAAUAUUAUAAUGCAGCUUCUUUUGGAUGGGCAUAUUGGACUCUCAAGUAUGUAAGAAUGCAGUGGGACUUUGAACGGAGCAUUAGAAACAAUUACCUUGAAUUUGGUAAUGAUCUUGCUCAAGGAAACACCUUGGUGUGGUACCAUUUCUAGCGGCAUCUCUCUGUUUGUGUUUGCUCUUUCAUCAAGGAUUGUAAGCAAAAAACAUCAGAACUGUCAUUUUCCAGGAGCUAUGGACAAAUGAGGAUUUUU